AUGGUUUUAGGUUCAACUGAUAGUACUACUUCAUUUCCUAAACAACCAGCUUUAACUACUGGCUUUAUAAUAUUUACAUUAAUACUAUUGUUAAUUAAAUCUUUUACUUCAAUUGAAUUUUCUUCAUUAGUUUUAUAUCCAAAGGCUCCAUUAGAAUUUAAUUUAAAUUCUAUUUCUUUAUACUGCUUAAUUCAUCAGAAUUAUACACAUUGGUUAUUAAACAGUUUGGCUAUAUCUUCACCAUUGGCAUUAUUUGAGAAAAAAUUUGGUACUGUUCAUACGGGAAUUACAUUAAAUUUAUUAGCUGUUAUAACUGCUUUACAGUAUUGCAUGGUAGGUUUGGUUUUGUAUCCAAAUACUGCAGCCAUUGGUAGUAGUAGUUUGGUAUUUUCAUUUAUGACUUAUUUUGCAUAUCAAGAACAAAGAUAUAAACCAAUAAUUUAUACUUUUCAUUUAAGUCCAACUUCAAAAAUUGAUAUCAAACCUAUUCAUACACCAUUUAUUUUUCUAUUUGUUUGUUUUAUUAUAUUUCCACAAAGUUCGUUUUUUGGUCACUUUUUUGGAAUUACAUCUGGUUAUUUAUUAAGUAAAGGUUAUAUAAAUAAAUUAUAUCCACCAUCAAAUAUUUUAAUUAAAAUUGAAGAGAAAAUUAAUCCAAUCAUUGUAAUGUUGAAUCCUUUAGUUAAUUGGUAUAAAGAAGAAGAUGCUCAACAUAUUAGAAAUGUUGAUUAUAUACCUUUAUUUGGUACUGAUAUUGAAGCAGCUAAUAAUGCUGUGGGAUCAACAACAAGUAAUCAACCACCUUCAUUUAAUGAAGUUAGGGUAUUAGGUGAAGCAUGA